UCAACCAGGAGAAAAGACACUGACGCUGGAGCGGGUGGAGACUGCUACACAUUUAAAUCCCCCGGGUCCUUCGCCCGUUUUAGCAACGAAUUACGCUCCGUUUUUAUUUUAUUUCUACCGCCGGAGUCCCGAAGAGCCGUUUUAAUGUCGUAAAUGACAGAUCGGUAAGGGCGUCGUAGUUGGGAACUUUUUUUUUUUUCCGAGGGAGGGUUUUUUCGACCAGCAAAAGGGCCAUGGCAUUCGAGGCUCGGCCGGAGCUGGUCGGGAAGAGGUUCCUCUGUGUCGGCGGGGACGAGCCGCCUGAAAUCGGCGACAUCGCUCGGUGGCAGUGGAGGUCCGGUGUCAUACGAGCUGUCAACCAUCGAGAUAGCGACAAUCUCGACUUGACGGUAUACGUGGAGUUUGAUGACCAGGAAUGGGAGAAGAGGGAGUGGGUGAAGGUCUAUGAGGAUUUCCAGCUGUUUCUACUUGAGCACCAGCUGGUCUGGGCCAAGAGGAAGGAAGGAACCGUAGCAGGAGGAACAGGAGCUGGCGGGGGAGCAGGAGGCCUGCUGCAGGGAACCAAGGCUAAGCACAUACACUGGCCUGCCCUGGCGUUUAAACCAGUGGUGGGGAAGAGCCUGUUGUCAUCAGUAACAGCGGUGGAAUUCUUAUUAGAUCGACGGCUGGACUUCCUCUCCGAUCAAUCGUCCUACCAACCAUACCAGGAUGAGGUGGAUGGUCAGAACCCAGUGUUGAGAGAGAAUCCUCAGCUCCAUGAAGAACUGAGGGGCUGGCUCAAAGACCAGAAAGUGCAGGAAAUUUUUAUGCAAGGUCCCUAUUCAUUGAAUGGCUACCGUGUGCGUGUGUACAGACAAGACUCGGCUACCCAGUGGUUCACUGGCAUCAUCACACAUCACGACCUCUUUAGCCGAAACAUGGUCGUUAUGAAUGACCAGGUGCUAGAGCCUCAAAAUGUGGAUCCAUCCAUGAUCCAGAUGACCUUUCUAGAUGACGUGGUUCAUUCUCUUUUGAAAGGAGAAAAUAUUGGCAUCACCUCCAGACGAAGGUCGCGAUCUAGCCAGAACAACAACUCUUCCCAUAUGGCGGGAGGGAGACCUGGCGGGACCACUGGCAAUACUCAGAGUCAUUACACACGAGCCCAAGCUAACAGCCCCCGUCCCAUCAUGACCUCAUCAGGCCCCAAUGCCAAGGCUUCCCAGGGGACCCUUGCGUCCCAGCAGCAGACUCAAUCACAGCAAAGCCAGCAAACAUCCAGCCAAUCGCAUCAUUCUCCCAGUGGCAAUGGACGGGAGCAGAGAGAGCAGCGGAACUGUCGCUCAUCCCGGAGAAAAGGAUCUGAUAGUAGCGUUCCUGAGGAGGACCGGGACAGGAGAGAAGAACCGACAAGCAAAGACUCCAAGUCCAAAGCGAAGCAGGCGGUCAGCAAACGCAGGAAGGGUGAGGAAGACGAGAAGAAGGCGGGUCUAAAGAGACUGAAGACGGAUAUAACAUCUGACCUCUCCGAGAGCAGCGACUCUGAAAACCCCCACAAGAGGACGGCCCACUCGUCAUGCUCCUCCUCCUCAUCAUCAUCAUCGUCCUCCUCUUCCUCCUCUUCAUCCUCGUCCUCGGAGCCGAACUCUGAAAAUGAACUAAAGACUCGCAGCAGCGACGUGAAAGCGAGUGUUGUUUCAAAAUUGGAGGAGGACAAGAAGACGGCCAAAGUCAAUGAUUCCUCGUCACACAUUGGCCGUCUGUCGCCGUGGGCGGAGCUUCAAGCUGCGGAAGACAUGAAAAAGGGGGUUGUUAAGGAAACCAGCAAAAUGAUUACAAAAGAGGAGGAGGAAUUGGUGGCAGUGACGCAGAUCACUCAAUCGUCACAGCAACAGAUGCCCGUCAUGUCUGACACGAUACAGGGUACCGUGGUCGAGGGCAGCAAGAACACUGUGAAAGCCUCAUCUCGAUGUCAGACGCCUUCGUUGUCGCACCUCCACGGCGGCGGCGUCAUCGACAUCACAGAUGAUGCACAGGCCACGGUGCAUCAGGAGAGUUCAGAGGCCGUGUCAGCUCUGCUCGCCUCACAGAAGGCAGAGUCCACGGCGCUCUCACCAUACCUCACCCUUAAUCCAUCCCCCGUCUCAUCGCCUCCUGUCCCGCCUUCACCUUCGCCAUCGGAAGGGGGGCGAAGGACGGAUAUGGACCCUGCUGUGCAGCAGGCCGUAAUGAGCGGUGGCGUGACAGCAGGCAGGAGUUUAAGCAGCAAGAUAGAGUUUGCUUCUUCUGAGGUUAUAAGGCCGGUCACAUCAAUGGCAGAUAAUAUGGUGCUGGUGGAGAAGGAGAAAACAGUCAUUCCUCCAUAUUGUCUUCAUCAACAACAGCAGCAGCAACACUACGCACCUGUCCAGUCUGGCAUUAAGACCCCAUCUUUAUCCGAAGAGCAAAGCAAGCGGCCACAAACGCCCCCCCACAAAAUGAACACUGACUUUGCUAAAUCCAAAAUCAACCCCAACCCAGCCCCUCUUGACUCUGUGAAACACAAACCCCAGCACCUUAACAAUUCCCAGAGCCAUCCCUACCCCAGCACGAGUCCAGCUGAGCAUAUCAAGGCUAAGCCCCAUCCAGGUCUAAUGGACAUCUCGAAACCUAAACCUAAUACCUCUCCAGAGGUCUCUAAGCAUAAAAUCCCUCGAUAUUCGGAUACUACCUCCCCUCCCUCAGGGCGUGUGUCCAGUAAAGUGGAAGCGACAGAGCCUCCGCGAUCUGGUUUUAAGCCGGUGCCAUCUCGGUCAGAGUCAGAUAGCAUCAGCAGCACCAAGAGUCCGCUGAUUAUCGAUAAGAACGAGACAUUCACUGUUUACAGAGAUCCAGCUCUGGUCUGCUCCGACAACGAGAACUCUUCCUCGGCCACCGUCUCCUCUAACCAUGUCGCGGCAUAUCUCCACCCACACCUCCACACUCUCCACACCUCUCCCCACUCCCCUUGUCUCACCCCUGCGUCCCACCCACAUGCUGCCUCUCACCUGCUCGCUCCUCCUCACACCUCUGCCUUACCUCACCCGCAUCUUCUACCCCCCGGGGUGCUUUCAGCCAUGCCUCCCCCUCACUCGGCGUCUCUCCUGGGGGGCCACCCGCGGCUGGACACCCCUGGAGGGUUGGCUCACCUCACUCUGCCUCACCCAGGAGCCCCACACCAGCAGCAGUUUCUACAGGGUCAGGGACCCCCUCCACCUGCGAUCCUUGCCCAGCCGCAUAGUGGAGCAGCAGGGCUGGGUCUCUACCCCAUCAUUUGGCAGUACCCCAAUGGAACGCCAACCUCCUACCAACCGGGAAUCAACCUAAAUCCCACGGCUAAAUGGAUUCACCCUGAAAAUCCAGUGGCUGUUAAUUCUGAGGCGUCUCUCCGAAGGAACACAGCCAGUCCAUGGUUGCACCAAGCUGCUUGCGGCGCCGGUGACAGUUUGGGUUUACUGAGUCACGUUCCUGUACGGCCGGCCAGUGCUGAUCCCCAUCGCCCCCCAAUUAAGAUCAACACACACGCAAGCCCACCGCUGUCCAAGACCAGCAUAGACAUUCACAAAGAAGAUGCGGCUAAGCGAGGCUUUGUGGAUCCAGUGAGGACACUGACGUUGGCGCAGCUGAAACAGGAGCCUGUAGAGGCUAACAGGAAUGUCACGGGGAAAGACGCUCACCUACACCGCCUCUACUUGGACGCCCACAGCAAGGUGCGCCUGGCAAAUACGCAGGAUGCUGUCCAGGCCGUGGACCAAGCCAAUAAGUACAAAGAAGAGAAUCGACAGAUCCUGAAGGAGAGCAUCGAAGUCGCCCCUUUCACUGCCAAGAUUCAACGCUCGAAUGAAUCCGGAAGUGACCGGGAUCGAGAGAGAAGCCGUGAUCCCACGUUCCCCAUCAGGAUACCAGCUCUUGCUUCCCCUAGCGCUAAGGCGGGCCACGCACAUCCGCACAUCAUCCAAUCAGAAAAGAGCAACUAUUUCACCACUUUGUCCAACAGUGUUGUAAACGAGCCCCCGAGACUGUACCCUUCCAAAGAGCUCAGCUCGUACUAUGAGAAGGUAUCAAUUGGAGCUUCAGGUGUUGUGGCAAGUGUUGGAGCGGCUGUCUCUAGUCAGGGUGUUCUGUCGCUAGGCAACUACAACGCCAAAGUGUCCCUCUCUAAGCCACCUCCGCUAAUUAAGCAUCAUCCAGAAGGAGGUGAGGGACUAGCGGGGAAAAUCACGGAACAGCUUAGCCAGCAGGCCACGGUCCAGCAUCACCACCACACGGUAGUAGAUCGGAUGGAGCGCUGCAGCCCGGCCAUUUCUCCAUCCUCCUCGUCGUGUUCCUCUUCAGCCUCCAACCACUAUCCCCAUCAUCACCAUCAUCAUCACCACCACCACCACCCGCAGCAACACAACCUCAGGGCAAUGCCAUCUCUUCACAGAGCGCCUGUCUUCCAUCCACCCACUCAGCACGCGCUGGAACGCAAGGAGGCUGCAGAGCGAGAGCGGGAAAAGGAGCGAGAGAAAGACAGGGAGCGAGCCGGCUACGUCGGGCGUCUCUCUCCGCCGACACUCACUCCAAUCCAGCCGGUUACCUUAGCAGCCGCCGGUUGCAAAACAUCAGUCGAGCAGCAGAAGCCCCCCACGCUACUACCAGAACUCAGGGAUGUCAAAGGUCAUGGAAUUACCGCUUCUGUUGCGUCCGCCGUCAGCGGGGAGAAUAUGACCACAUCGGGUGUGUGGAGAGGUGGUGACAUUAGUCAAGAGAGGGGGGGUCUUUUUGCAGGGGAGAAAGGAGUGUCAAGAGGCAAACCCCAAGCUGCAAUGGCAUCGGUCAUUGUGUGUCCAUCCACGUCUGUUAAGUUUGACAAUCCUGCAAACAAAUCCGGUGCUAUGAGCCCAGACGAGUUGCCUUUGGGGAGGUUCUACUCGUCAAAGUUUCAAGGGGAAUGUCAAAAAGCAGUAGAGAGCGUUAGAGAUCACGGCGCUAAUAGAGUUAUCCUACCCAACUCCAACUUGGAUGACAUGUACAUCCAAUAUAAAAAGACCUCAAUGCGUGGCCUGCAAGGGACCGUGGGGGCCACGACUGCAAACUCUGUCCACAGGACUGCGAUAUUAUCAGCUCUGCAGAGUCGAAGCGAGCCGGCCACUCCCGAAUUAGCCAACUCGGCUUCGGCUCGUGAAGUUCUGAGCCAAUCGGUGUCUCGUACAACAUCACCGGGGGGAUCCUUGCCUCCUCCGAGUCCAUCCGGUACACCACAGCCCAGCCCUAACCUCACUCCGAGACCUAGCUCCACUUCUGGUUCCAAUCAGUCGUACGCCCCGUCUUUUGUUCACCUCAAGAAGCACAAAGCUGCCUUGGCAGCAGCCCAGUCCAAAAGCAGCCUUUGUACCGCUUCCAUGUCUGUCACAACUGGAAGCUUGUCUCUAACUGCGGAUCCCGUCGACAAAACGUACUGCUCCACUCCUCCGACCGCCUCCAGCCAAACGACAUCUUCAGUGGAUAGUAGCAGCAGCUCGGCAAGUGGCAGAACAACACCGGGAAAAUCAAGUCCCCUGCACAAUGGUCAGUCCGUUGGGCCUGCUUCAACAAGUAGCGGGCAGGCUAGUAACUACCACAAAUUGAAGAAAGCUUGGUUGACUCGGCACUCUGAGGAGGAUCGGAACACAACUGCCACUAAAAGCUCCGCUAGCACUAAGACGGAGAAACUACCCAGCACCAGCAGCACCACGACUAUGUCAGAAAUGAUCAAACCUUGCACCGUCAACCUCAGCGCCUCGACAUCCAGUGAGGUUGACCUCAGCAAGGACGCCGCUAACAAAGCCGAGAGAGAGAAGCUCAUAGAGGAGAAGACAGGUGCGGCAACCGAGGAUAGGAAAGCAUCCUCUUCGAUGAGGCGGGCGAGCAAACGGACGUACGAGUCGGCUUCAGAGAGCGGCGGGGAUGACUCUGACGCCAGUGAAAGCAAGCUGGAGGGCAGAGCCAAGCGUCAGCCCAAGCCGACGUACAAGAAGAAACAGAACGACAUGGCCAAGAAGAAAGGAGACAAUGACAAGGAGGACGACGACGUGAAGCCCAACGGCAUCUUCAGAUCAGCGAAAGAGAAGACCAAACUUAAACUGGCCAGCAGCAAUGGGAUACCACGCUCAGUCCUCAAGGACUGGCGGAAGGUGAAGAAGCUCAAGCAGACCGGAGAGUCUUUCCUUCAAGAUGAUUCCUGCUCCGAGAUCGGACCCAAUCUGCAGAAAUGUCGGGAGUGCAGGGUGAUCCGCAGCAAGAAAGGCGAAGAGCCAGCACAUUCUCCUGUAUUCUGCCGUUUCUACUAUUUCAGAAGGCUUUCCUACAGUAAAAAUGGAGUCAUCCGGAUGGAUGGCUUCACCACUCCUGACCAGUUUGAUGAUGAAGCCCUCGCCUUGUGGAUCCCUGGAGCGGUGGAGGAGAGCCACCUGGACCAAACCACGGCCAAGUACAUCCUCAGCUUCAUAGGAGACAUGUUCUGUCAGAUGGUCCUGAUGGAGAAUACUGCAGCCUCCUGGGUCAAGAAAGAUGCCAAGCUGGUGUGGAAACGUGCAGUUCGGGGCGUAAGGGAGAUGUGCGACGCUUGCGAGGCGACACUUUUCAACAUCCACUGGGUCUGUCAAAAAUGUGGCUUUGUUGUGUGCCUGGACUGCUACAAGGCCAAGGAGAGACGGAGCUCCAAAGAUAAAGACCUGUACGCCUGGCUGAAGUGUGUGAAAGGCCAGCCUCAUGAUCACAAACACCUGAUGCCAACGCAGAUCAUUCCUGGCACAGUGUUAAGUGACCUAGUGGCAUCCAUGCAUUCGCUGAGAGAAAAACACAACAUCAAAUCCCACUGUGCUUGCUCAAACAAGCAGAACCUCCUCAGCAAGCUUCCAUCCACCAAUGGAGUCUCCCAGGUUCUACAGAAUGUUCUCAAUCACAGCAACAAACUGUCGCUGGUGAAGGCUGAGCCUCGCUGUCAGCAGAUCUCAGACCAAGGAGGAACCAAAGUGGAGACCAACGGAGGAGGAGGAAGAAGUCCCGGCAGUGAUGCGGGUAGUGCUUCGGUGACACCCCCGGAGUCGCAGUCGCCUCUGCAUUUCCUGGCUGACCUGGCGGAGCAAAAAUCCAGGGAGGAAAAAAAAGAAAAUAAAGACUCGGUGUUGUUGGCUAAGUCAGUGAAGGAAGACAAGGAAGGGAACAGCCUGGAGGUCCUGCAACAAUGUAAAACCACAGCGUUGGUGGCCAACAGCACAGAGCAGGGCUCCACCCUCAGGGAUCUGCUCACCACCACGGCGGGGAAGCUGAAGCUGGGAUCCACUGAUGCCGGGAUCGCCUUUGCACCUGUAUACUCAACUGCUCCACAGACUGGGAAAGGCGCACGUACCAUGCCCAAUAUCCUCGAUGACAUCAUCGCAUCAGUCGUUGAGAACAAGAUCCCCGCCAGCCGCCAGAGUAUCACCACUAAGCUCUCCAUCAAGCAGGAGCCAGUCAUCCCCGUCAACAUCAGCAACCCGUCACACGUUCUCCCAGAAGACGCCAAAAGCGACAGGAAGAAGUCCAUCCCCGUCACCGCCGUCAUUCCAGAGGAAUCAUCCAAUCGGUAUCCUGAUAUUCCUCACUGCUGGCUCAAUCACGGACGCCUACUGUGGCUCAAAGAUCACCGUAAUCACAAUAACUGGAAGCUGUUUAGAGACUGCUGGAAGCAGGGACAGCCUGUGUUGGUGUCUGGGAUCCACAAGCGACUGAAUGCCACUCUGUGGAAAGCAGACUCCUUCAAUCAGGAGUUUGCAGACCAUCAGGGGGACCUUCUCAACUGUAAAGACCAGGUGGUCUCCAACUCAGGGAUCAAGGAGUUCUGGGAUGGAUUUGAGGACAUCACCAAACGACUCAAGUCCAAGAAUGGAGAACCUGUUGUUUACAGACUGAAAGAUUGGCCUUCUGGAGAAGAAUUCAUGGCUCUCAUGCCAUCAAGGUACGAUGACUUGAUGAAGAACUUGCCGCUGCCUGAGUACUCGGAUCCGGAAGGGAACCUCAACCUGGCCUCCCAUCUGCCAUCCUUCUUCGUGAGGCCGGACUUGGGGCCCAGACUCUGCUGUGCUUAUGGCGUGGCUGCAUCUCAGGACCAGGACUUUGGGACGGCUAACCUCCACGUGGAAGUGUCAGAUGUUGUGUCUAUUCUAGUCUACGUGGGCGUGGCCAAAGGCAAUGGGGUCUUGUCCAAAACCGGAGUCUUAAAGCGUCUGGAGGAGGACAACCUGGACGAGGGAGUUCGACGAAGGCUGAAGGACUCCAGCGAGACACCGGGGGCGCUGUGGCACAUCUACCUCAACAAAGACCUGGACAAGGUCAGGGCGUUCCUGCACAAGCUCUGUAAGGAGCAGGGAUUGGACGUAUUGGCGGACCAGGAUCCAAUCAGAGAGCAGGGUUGGUACCUGAGCAAGAAGCAGCGCCAGCGGCUUUUGGAUGAGCAUGACGUUCAGGGCUGGACCGUGGUGCAGUUCUUGGGAGACUCUGUGCUGAUCCCGGCCGGGUCCAUGCACCAGGUCCAGAACCUUCACAGCUGCGUUCAGGUCAUCAACGACUUUGUGUCUCCUGAGCACGUGGCCAACUCCUUCCACCUCACCCAGGAGCUCAGACCCAACCACGAGGAGGUCAACUACGAAGACAAACUACAGGUGAAGAACAUCUUGUACCACUGUAUGAAAGAGGCGGUGAGCUCCUUGAAGAGGAGCGGCUCGGAGGAGGACGAAGAGGAGGAGAACUCAUGACAGCCCCUCCGUCUUUGCGAGCACCUUUUUCCUGCUUGGCAGCCCGAUCGCCGCCCCCCGCGAGGGUGUCAUACGAUCGCAGGAGGACACCCGAGGGGGAUGGGCUGCCCAAUGGCACCCGGGUUCCCUGAACCUUCGGAGCUCGAGAAGAAGCGGACUGGACCCGACUAAUUGGCCCCGGGAAAAGAGUGGCGUGCUGCUCGGGAGCCUUCUCAUAGCCACUAGUUUUGAACUUGCUGCUUCAGGCGGAUUUUUCAUCCAAUGCCGCCAGCCCCGCAGGUUCGAAUCCCACGCACGGCUUGAACGGAUCCUUUGCUGAUUCCAACAGCAUCACCAGCAGCAUCAGGAUACAAACGGCAUAAAAAAAAAAUGGUGAAAAAAUGAAAAACCUGAGGGGGAAAAAUGCAAAAAAAGUGGUGUGGUUCCUUGGUUCCUUCCUUGUUGUCGUCUUUUUUCUAUUCGUCUCUUGCUGAUUUUUUCUUUUCAUGCGCUUUUUCUCUGUGAAGAUGUAUGUAUUUUAUAGCUUUAUGAAAAUGUGAUGUAAGCAUACGUGUAAAUGUGACUUGUACAGUUUGUUUGUUGUUCCUCCUUUUCGGCGCUACGUGCUUAUCGGUUGCUAUACGGCUCUACUGUGACGGGGGACGGGGGGGACACACGUGCACCAGCUGUUGCCUGAAACUUUGGGAAAAUGCUCAAGUCCUCAUGCCAUAAAUAUUUCUUUUUUUUUUUUGGAAGAUGAACUGCCAAACUGUUGUAAAAACUGUCUCAUGUUGUAUGAUGUAAAGUAAAAAAAACAACAAAAUCGCUUAUACACUUCUGACAAAGUAUUCCCUGUAAACCUGAGACUACAAAAAAGAUGUAAUUUAUUUAAGAAAAUAAUUGUUUUAUGAGUUUUUUUUGUUUUGUUAAGAUUUACUAUGGUGAAGUUUUGAAGUUAAAAUAUCAAAUAAUGAAACGACUAACUAUAAAGUGUAAAUACAUUCAUAUAUACAAUGACUGAGAUAUUUUUAUAUAAAACAUGGCUUGCUUCGAUUUUCAAAUUUUAAAGUGUUACAAUGCUUUGUACAUUGAAGUUAAAAGGGGUUUUACAUUUUCCAUUAAAAUGGAUUUAUCA